AUGGCCUCCGAAACACUUUUUAUUUUGCCGGUGGAGAUUAUGGAGUCCCAAUUGUCCAUAAUUGACCUCCUGGUCGCGAUGUUCCCAUCGCCAGGAGAGCUGGAAAUCGCCGAAUCAACGAUGCAAUGUAUCGAAACUCUACGGGAUUGGUGCCAGGACCCAGUGUCUACACCAUCCGGUAUUCCUUUGACGAUGUCUCUCGUCGUUGCUCUAUCAAUUGCGGAUGGCGACAAGACAAUCCAAGUCAGUAUUUCUGUCCCGCUACGAUGCGAGGAUCCCGAAACAAUCGACCAGCCUCCGCCAUUACGCUAUACACUCCGCCAACCUGACUGGAUGACCAAAGCCGAGGUAGCUGAAAUUGCUAUCUCGAUCCCUCAAGGUGACGCUAUGGAGGCAUUUGAAUAUAUCCAAGGCGAGGCCGGCCGUUUUCUUGAAAGCAAGCAGUGUCAGGCUAUGGAGUCUCAAGGGUCGGGGCUAUUAGAAAGCUCAAAAUCGCCCCUUGUGAGGGUGUGGUUUUAUUUUCCAUCACUGUCAACUCGUAAAAAGAGAGAGGACAUGGUCAAUCUCGCACCCGGGUACUCCUUGACCGGCUUUGUCCUGGCGGGGAAGCCAGGUGUUUUAUGUCUCGAAGGCACAUCGCCAGAUAUCGAUGCCUAUAUGAGUUUCAUCAAGACACAUUCAUGGGGUGAUAUCCCGAGUCAUCAGAAAAAGGUCAGCGAAAGGUUCCGUCAGACCGACAAUAUUGAAAGGAUCUUUUCAGGAAUGGAAGAAAUCACGGACUCGCUUGGAGAGCGAGGGGGUCAGCGGGCCAAUCGGGGCGACAUGCAGGCACUCGAGACAUGGCUGGGAACAAGGGGACUCCAAGAAGCAUUUGAAAGGGUUAUCUUUUGA